CCCACCACGGGGUGAGGAAGACGAGCUACACUGUGAUGCAGCUGCCCUGCACGCAGCCACAUUGUGGGCUGGAGAUGCCACUGUCCUGCUCGGUUUAAUGAUCAAUUAGUUCCCUGCCAGGAAGCCCUUUCUGACCUGGUUUGCCCCUCAGUCCCUCCGGCUCGGACCUGGUGCUUGCAGCAGGACAGCCAUGGCCGCCAACGCCACCAGCGACCUCCACGCUCCCGGGACGCAGCUGAGCGUGUCUGACAUCAUCGUCAUCACCGUGUAUUUUGCUCUGAAUGUGGCCGUGGGCAUAUGGUCCUCUUGUCGGGCCAGCAGGAACACGGUGAAUGGAUACUUCUUGGCAGGCCGGGACAUGACAUGGUGGCCGAUCGGAGCCUCCCUCUUUGCCAGCAGCGAGGGCUCUGGCCUCUUCAUUGGACUGGCAGGCUCAGGCGCUGCAGGAGGUGUGGCCGUGGCAGGCUUCGAGUGGCAUGCCACGUACGUGCUGCUGGCGCUGGCGUGGGUGUUCGUACCCAUCUACAUCUCCUCGGAAAUCGUCACCUUACCUGAGUACAUUCAGAAGCGCUACGGAGGCCAGCGGAUCCGCGUGUACCUGUCAGUCCUGUCGCUGCUAAUGUCUGUCUUCACCAAGAUAUCGCUGGACCUGUACGCGGGGGCUCUGUUUGUGCACAUCUGCCUGGGCUGGAACUUCUACCUCUCCACUGUCCUCACGCUCGCCAUCACGGCCCUGUACACCAUCGCAGGUAUGGCACCCACGGCAGGGAAGUCUAGCCAGGAGACGCGUAAAGGGGACAGAAGACCACUUCCCCCUACAGGCCCAAGGGAGCAGCCCGGGGGGUGGCCCCAGCAGGAGCCCUGGAAGUCCCUCCUUGAGCCCUUCCUCCCUGGGCCCAGGGCCCCUCCAGCAACCUUGCUUCCACCUGCAGGGGGCCUGGCCGCUGUCAUCUACACAGACGCCCUGCAGACACUCAUCAUGGUGGUGGGGGCUAUCAUCCUGACGGUCAAAGCUUUUGACCAGAUCGGCGGUUAUGGGGAGCUGGAGGCAGCCUACGCCCGGGCCAUUCCCUCCAGGACCAUUGCCAACACCACCUGCCACCUGCCGCGUGCAGACGCCAUGCACAUGUUUCGAGACCCCCACACAGGGGACCUGCCAUGGACCGGGAUGACCUUCGGCCUGACCAUCAUGGCCACCUGGUACUGGUGCACCGACCAGGUCAUCGUGCAGCGGUCACUGUCGGCCCGGGACCUGAACCAUGCCAAGGCGGGCUCCAUCCUGGCCAGCUACCUCAAGAUGCUCCCCAUGGGCCUGAUCAUCAUGCCAGGAAUGAUCAGCCGUGCGCUGUUCCCAGGUGCCCAUAUCUAUGGGGAGAGACACCAAGUGUCCCUCUCUCGCGCAGAUGACGUGGGCUGCGUGGUGCCAUCGGAGUGCCUGCGGGCCUGCGGGGCCGAGGUCGGCUGCUCCAACAUCGCCUACCCCAAGCUCGUUAUGGAACUGAUGCCCAUCGGUCUGCGGGGGCUGAUGAUCGCAGUGAUGCUGGCCGCGCUGGUGUCCUCGCUGACCUCCAUCUUCAACAGCAGCAGCACGCUCUUCACCAUGGACAUCUGGAGGCGGCUGCGGCCCCGCUCCGGGGAGAGGGAGCUUCUGCUGGUGGGCCGGCUGGUCAUAGUGGCGCUGAUCGGUGUGAGCGUGGCCUGGAUCCCCGUCCUGCAGGGCUCCAACAGCGGGCAGCUCUUCAUCUACAUGCAGUCAGUGACCAGCUCCCUGGCCCCCCCACUGACUGCAGUCUUUGUCCUGGGCAUCUUUUGGCCACGUGCCAACGAGCAGGGGGCCUUCUGGGGCCUGAUAGCAGGGCUGGUGGUGGGGGCCGCGAGGCUGGUCCUGGAAUUCCUGAACCCGGCCCCGCCCUGCGGAGAGCCAGACACGCGGCCGGCCAUCCUGGGGAGCAUGCACUACCUGCACUUUGCGGUCGCCCUCUUCACACUCAGUGGUGCUGUGGUGGUGGUCGGAAGCCUGCUGACCCCACCCCCACAGGGUGGUCAGAUGGAGAACCUUACCUGGUGGACCCUGGCUCGGGACCUGCCGUUGGUAACCAAAGCAGGUGAUGGCCAAACGCCCCAGAAAUACGCUUUCUGGGCCCGUGUCUGUGGCUUCAAUGCCAUCCUCCUCAUGUGCGUCAACAUCUUCUUCUACGCCUACUUUGCCUGAUGCUGCCACCCUAGGCAGGAAGGCGGGAGCCCUGAAUCCUCAGGUCCACCCUUUUCCUUCAUGGGGACCCCAAGGCCCCGAGAGGGGCAGAUUCUCCUCACAGCUGCACAACGGCUCAGUCCCCAAGAACCAGCCAAGCCAGCAGAGCAGGAGCCCUGAAAAAUCAGGGGGAAAAUGGGAAAAAAGAAAGUGACAUUUCAAAAAUAGCAUCAAAGCAGUCAUCAUUGGAAAGAAAAUUAGAUUUCUGAUGG